AUGCAGCUGCUCCUACCCUUUCUCUUCCUGGGUACAGCCGUCUCCAUUAUCCUCGGCGCCGUCGCCUGGGCGAGAACCACAACGCUCUACCUCCCGCUCCCGAUUUCCCUCUCCGCAACAACAACAAUCCUACCCAUACUAACGCCGAUCUUCCUAUUCCUCGCCAGAUUCCUCUCCAGCCCACCCACAACAGGCACCAACACCCCGACCUUCCGAAACCGCUUCGCAGCCUCCGUAAUCUCCUACCUCCUCACCAUCCUCCCAUCCGGCCUCGCCACACUGGCCCUAACCUACCUCUUUGCCCCGGACCUCCUUGUCUGCCAACUGAACAACCAAUGGCAAUCCUACUACCACAACAAGGAUGCGCGCGCCAUUCGCGCCAUCCAGGAUAGCUUGCAUUGCUGCGGAUUCAGAAGCGUCAAGGACAGGGCAUGGCCAUUCAAGGACAAAAGCCACGGCGACGACGCCUGUGUGCGACAGAUCGGGUAUGACAGGGCCUGUUUGGGGCCGUGGGGGCAGGAGGAUAAGAGCGCCGCGUGGAUGGUGUUCUGGGCUGCGGUUUUGGUAUUAGUCGUUAAGAUUGCGAGCUCGCAGCUGAAUCGCGGUCCGAGUUGGAUGCGGAGGGCGGAUGCGAAUCGUUUUAUUAGGAUUUCUGGUGCAGAGGAUCAAGAGGAGGGUGAGGCGCAUGGAGGGGAGAAUGGAAACGUGGGUGAUGAUCGGCCUACUCAUCAGUUGCCGCAGCCGGGCCAGUCGACGCAUGAUGUUUGGAGAUGA